AUGUUGGGCCGUCCAAUUUCUCCUCUUGCUUCUUCCACCACAACUAGCAAUGCGACCCGUUCUACAAGCCGGCCGUCUCUUUCUCGAAAACGGGCGGCGGCCAGCAAUUUGCCGGUGAUUGAAAUGUCAUCCCGCGAACGAUCCUCAUCAUCACUGUCGAUUCUAUCAGAUGUAUCACAAGAAUCAUCAGAUGAAUUGAAACGUCAGCGAUAUGGUAGCUCGUCGUUCACUGAUGAAUCCUACAGCUCGCCACUUUCGAAUAGCUCCGACUUCUCGUCGAGCGAAUUUCUUAGCUCAUGCGGGAGUGCUUGCCGUGGUCGCUUACUUAUAGGCGCGGAAGAAAGCGUAAAUAACUCGGUAAUCGGCGAUUAUCGGAUUGUUGGCGCAGGGAAGGACUCACGAGCGGUGCACCUUCCAACAAACAAAGUAGUAAAUUGUCAGGUAUUGACUUCACAAGAAGCUCAUGUUGUUUCACAAGUGAUUGCUCGUCUUGAAGAGUCCGAAAAAUAUUACAGAGGAUCCGACGUCAAUGAGUUGAGGGACAUGGUGAUGCCAUCAGAAUGUGAAUUGGUUGAGGAGAUGAGUGGACGUGUCGUAAUGUUUGUUCCUCUACACGAAUGUUCAUUACAUGCAUAUGCUCAAAAGAAAAGCUUUCAUAUGACGGAAGCCGACGUCGAACCCAUAUUCAAACAGAUUGUACGUAUUCUUGCGUUCUGUCAUGCACUGGGAAUAAUUGUACGUAAUUUGAAACCACGUAAGCUCGUAUUCGAUCAGCAGAAUCGUAUACGUCUUGAAAACGUGCUGGAUUGCAUCGUUUGUGAUGAUCCAUCUGACGACCGCAUGGUCGACAAAUACUGCACUCCUGCGUUCGCUGCACCAGAGGUAGUAAAUCGUGCCCCUAAUUUCUCUGGUAAAGCUUGUGAUGUAUGGAGCCUUGGUAUAUUGCUUUACCUAUUACUGCUCGGUCGUUAUCCAUUUUAUGAUGAAACCCCAGCGGGUGUGUUUUCAAAGAUUCGUGUUGCAAAAGUGGUCCUUCCCCCGGAUGUACACUUGAGCGCUGGCGCUCGUGCAUUGAUUUUCGGGUUAUUGCGUCGAGAUCCUGAUGAGCGCCCUACUACCGCCGAAUUACGGUUCACUCCAUGGGUUUGCCCCCCUAAAGUGCCUUGUAGGAGAAGACCGACUGAUCCUCGUAUUAGUCCGGCGCUUCAUAUGCGCAUUGCCCUAGCGGUAUGUUUCACUUUCAUUAUACUCAUGCAUUCCGUUUUU